CCGCCCCCCGUAACGUUUUACAAAAGGACCCCCCCCCCCCCCAAAAUUAGUUACGUAAUACUUGAACGCUCCCUAACACAUCCCACCAUAUAUUUAUACUGUAAAUAUCCUAGAACGACAAAAUCAAUGGCUCUCACCGGACUUAGGUCGUGUGUACGCUCGCCGCGCUCAAGAUGACGUAAUGGGACCUAUAUGCCUGACUGAGUUAACACCAAAUUUUAUAUAUAAUGUUAUUUAUUGAAGGCGUCUGAUGAAUUAAUUGUAUCCCCAAUCUGGACCUCUUGUGGUCGAUAAACUAGCUUUAAAUUACCCCGAAAGGUAGCUUUCACGGCUGUAAAGGUUCGAUUUCUCUUUGAAACCGACCUUUGUGAAUGUAGUCCGUGCCCAAGGGUGUGUAUAAAAUUAGAGUCAAAAUUCCUGAUAUUCGAUAUCCCAGAAAAUUGCGUCGCCUUUUGGCGAAUGUUUUAAGCGGUAUUUAGUACAAUUGGGCACAGCCGUUGUUUUUAUACAUAUAGCGUUGUCUGGUGUCUGCGACUUUAACCAGUGUAAGUAUAAUUUGUUCAAAAUACGAGUGGAUAAGACUUAAUUUAAUUUAUUAUUUAAUUUAGGCGUAAGUUUGGCCACGGUCGCUGACGAGUCGCCGGGCGUCGGAGUUUAUUUAAUUUUAGCCUGUACGCAGAUAGCUAGCCACCUCGCAAUUAUGUAGUUACAUUUAGGUAUAUAUUAUACAUUUACGAGUAGCGUAUUUACUUUAUUCCACAUAGCUGUAAGGCGCGUCGAGUCGGCCCUAGUGUUAAGUGCACCCGUACCGGAUAGCGUAAACGAACGGAACGUCCUUUUAUAAUACGAGUUGUUCGUAUAUUCAUAUUUUACAAAGUGUUAUAUAGAGAAAAUAUUUAUUCAUAAGCACAAAUACGUUUUACGCUAAGGGUCACAAAAGCAGAUGAAAAUAUAUUUAGAAAAAAGUUGCGUAUUAUAAAAGGAGCGUUCGGCAACAUUUACAUUGGUGGGAAACGUAUUAUACGACAUCGAAAGCUAGUGUGAAUGCGGCCUUAUUAUCGUAUAUUGUACGAGAAGAAGCUCCACGAGAGACGUCAUGACAAAUGGAGUUUUAUUCUAUACUAGUCCCAUUGCAAGUUUAAUAGGAUUUUGCAUAAAGAUGUUCCUGUAACGGCGUAAAGUUUUUUUUUUAAUAUUAUGAGUAAGUGUGCAUAGUGAACGUGUAGUUGCGACGGGAGCCAACCGGCGAGCACCGAGUGGUCGUUCUGCAAAGGUGCUAUUCGUGUUAGUGACGUCAGCUUGCGGCUGAGCCAUAUCACAAGGCCCUAGAUCUAGACUAACAUCACUACACUUACGUAUUUUAGCUUUUGUAACUGAGUGCGGCUCUCGCUGAAAUGUUUCUAUCACAUUUAAAGUUUUCUCUCGCAUUUUCGUGGGCUCGCCCGAUGUUAUGUUUUAUAAAUUUCUAAAUCUAAUUUUUCGUACGUUGCGUUUUGUUUACUUUCAUAUUACGAUUAUAUUGUAAAUAAAUAAAAGCUUUGGAUUUGAUUUUUGUUUUCUUUGUACCCAUUUUAUCUAUUCGAAAUCUUGUAUCAAAUUACGACCCACUAAAUCUCUAAUUUUAAUUAACUUGAGUUUUUUGUUCUAGUCAAUGACGUGUGAUAUUUCUUAUCUCUGGUCGGGCCAAUAAACUGUAUCGAGUAUCGCGUUCUAGUAUACAUUUUGUUUAGUGUAAGUAUAUGUUUGCCGAUAAAUAUCUACGAAGAGUAAUACGUAAGUGGCAAAACAAGUCUAACGCAACGUGUGUUCUCGUUAUAAAUAACCUUGGACAGUGAUUUGUGAAAGACAAAAUGUGUGACCACCUAUUUCUGGCUUAUAAAACAACACAGUGUACAAAUAAAACUAUUUAUUAAACCGACAGUUAAAUUUCUACGUUUUAAAAUAUAAGAAAGAUGAUUAUGCAAUUCAGAAAACCCACGAAUAAGCAUGAUUAUGAAAAAUCAAAUUUCCAUGGACAAGAAAUAUUGAUUAGAUAACUUAAGAUGCUACUUAAAAUCGGAUGUAUCAUUCUAGAAGUCAAAAUGAAUUGUAACUCAAGUGGUUAGGCUUGAAACAAUACGAUAAACACGCAAUAAAAUGACCGACAAGACAGUUUUUUCUCCAUUUAUCAAACAAAAGCUAGAUCGUAAUUUUUGCAGUGUUUCGUGUGCGCGACGGUUUGUAUGAAUGUGCUUAGUAAUGGUUGCGCUUAUGGCUUCCCUGCGGUGCUGCUGCCGCAACUCAAGCUUCCAGACUCUCCCAUUCCACUCACCAAGGCCCAGGAGUCAUGGAUAGCGGCGGUUUUCACAAUAGCAAUGAUGGUUGGAAAUUUUACCAUGCCCAUAUUAAUGGGCAAAUUAGGGCGGAAAAACUCCCACUUUCUUGUCAUUAUACCCAUAACUGUAGGCUGGCUUUUAAUCGUCUUCGCGUCAAAUGUAGAAAUGCUUUUAUCGGGAAGAAUCAUGCAAGGUAUCUCAUUUGGUCAAGUUGUUCCUAUUCGAGCCGUCAUGAUUGGAGAAUACACCAGUCCAAAUAAUCGAGGGGCUUUCCUCAGUAUGAACGCAGUCGCACAGAUAUCAGGGAUAUUCGUCGUCCAUCUCUUGGGCUAUUUAGUCAGCUGGAAGACAACUGCGGCCAUUUGCAUUCUCUUUUCAGUUAUAAGCUUUGUCAUGACAUUUAUUAUUCCCGAAUCGCCGAGUUGGCUCGCAAGUAAGGGCCGGUACGAGGAGAGUAAAAAGUAUUUUGAAUGGCUAAGGGGAUUGAACGAAAACGAUGAACUUAUCGAGUUAAUUCAAGCGAGAAAAGAUUACAGAGAGAACGAGAACAGGUCAAGUUUUAAAGAGAUUAUUUGUAAAGUGGAGUUUUAUAAGCCUAUAAUUAUAACGUUGCAUAUUUCCUUAUUGGGAUAUAUGUCGGGAGGCAUGAUUAUAGCCGUGUAUGGGCCUACAAUCAUAUCAGAGGUCAUGGGCAACGGGGUCGAUCCUCAAUUCUGGCUCGUUUCUAUAGAUAUAUUACGGAUACUAACCAGUUUCUUUGCGGUUUACUUUAUGAAGAAGUUUAAUCGGCGAACGGUCACCUUUUCUUCUGUUGGGUUAUGUUUGGCAAUGCAUGUUGCUGUAGUGAUUUAUGUAUGGCUGGUAAAGAUUGGUGUGAUAUGGCAUGUGUACUGGAUACCGGCAGUACUGCUUCACCUGCAAAGUUUCUCUAUAUCAGCAGGCAUAGUACCGAUAAUUACCGUCAUAGCGGGAGAAGUGUUCCCUCUGGCAUAUCGUAGUUUAGGUAUCAGUGUAAGUACGGCCAUCGCAACUGCGUUCCACUUUGUGAUAUUAAAGACUUUCCCGUACCUGGUAACUAUGGUUGGCGUUGAAGGCGUGUACGGAAUAAAUGCCGUUGUAAUUUGCUAUUGCAUGAUCGUCUGUUGGUUCAUGAUGCCGGAGACAAAGGGCCGCACAUUGCAACAAAUCGAGGAUAGGUUUAAAGGUAUUGAGAAAACUGUGGAAGAAGCUCAGCCUUUAAGUGUACUUGCUAAAUAUAGUUAAGUAGGUACUUAUUGAUAAACGUAGUUAGAAAUAAGGUUUAUUAAAAAUCAUGACUAAA